AUGGCUACUAUCGAAAAAAGUAACAAAAGCGGCGAACAUGAAACAGAGGCCGUUUACAAAAAUGAAAGAAAAGGAAAGACCAACAAAAUAGAGCCGUUUCAUGUGAAUGAAGAAAAAAAAGAAGUCGAAAUUGGAAGUUUCAACAAUGUAGAAAAUAAUGCAGACAUUUUUGGCAUAAGUGUAAGCAAAAAUGAUAUGGACAUGAACAAUAAUAAUUUCCGUAACCCUGUCGUGAAGACGAAUGCGGACACGGAAAAGGAGGAUAGGAAAAGCGGUCUGAUGGAAAAUAAAAGCAGCUGGGAAACGGAGGAGGAAAAUUUGCUGAAUGAUGAAGCGAAUUUGUCAGAUGAAGGGGAAGAAGUAGAGGAAGAAAAUGUGGAUGAGAAAGACCUCAUACUUCAGCGAUAUAAACAUGGCACCAACAUAUUUGUCAACCUGGACGAUGCAAAAAAAAGGUGCGUAAUGGUUGACUUUUACUCGGAAUGUUUAAAUAAAUAUAAAAAUGAAUGUAGCUUUGUGUAUUACCAAAACUAUAACAGUAAUAGUAACGUAAUAAUUAACGAAAAUGUUGACAUGAUGGGACAUGUGCACAGCACACAUUUUUCAUGUGAAAAUAUGGAGAGCAUGGGCAAUAUGCCCAUUUCGAGUGACAAAUCGGCAAUGGUGAAAGGGAAAAAUGCGCCAAAAAAUUCAAGCAGUAUAGGAAUCGGGGUAGGUACAUCCGUUAUGCCUGGUGAAGAUUUUAAAAAUUUUAAUCUCCAAAAAAAGAAGCAAGAGUCGUUAGACCCUUUGUUAAAGUGCAUAAACUCCUUGUCGGAUAGGAUAAACCUUCAGCAUUUAGUGGGAGACCCAACAACGUAUUUCAAAGUUGGAGGGGGGGAUAUGUUCUACGACAUUAACGAUCCAUUUUUGGAUGACGAAGAAAUGUAUAAAGAAUUGAACAAAACGAAAAAUGAAAUAAUUCUCACGAGACAGAUAGAAGAUGAGUAUAGCGUGUGGAGUGCGGACAUGUCAGACGAUUAUGUGGACAUAAACCCGGACUCCUUCAUCUCGUUUUACAGCUCCAAGUGUAAGUACGUCUAUUCUAGCGAUGAAGAAGGGGAAGAGAAUAACACUAAAGUGUGCACGAGCGAGGUGAAGAAGGGAAAGGAAAAAAGGGGCGAUGCGGAUAGAACAAGCAUAGCAGAUGGGAUGCACAGCUACACAAGUGGCAAUGACAAUGUGAACGACGCGGGUUUCUGCAAACGCGGUGAUGAGUACAAGGGGAACGCUUCAUACAGCUCCUCCUGCUCCAAUUCUUCUGAUGAAAGUGUCAUAGAGUUAAACCAGUCCCACAUGGACAUAAUAAAUUAUGAGCAAAAUGUAAACGAUUUUAUUAUAUAUUCAAGUGAAGAAGAAAUCGAAGCAUCUUCGUCUGAAGACGAAAAUGACGAAGACGCAGAAGAGUCAGAGGCGUCUGAUGAGGAUAUCAUAUUCAACCCCUUUGCUUGGAAAAAAUUCGAAAGGCACAUUCCCCCAGAAUUUGUCAACUCUUUCGAAAAGUUAGAAAAAGAGUUGGAUGCUCUCCCCUUGGAGGUUAACAUAGAAGAUAUACAAGCCAUCAUAAAGGGGAACAUUUACAGUAUAUUUGUCCAAGUUAGAGAUAAACAAAAGAACAUACUGAACCAUUUUGACAAAACAUUGGACGAUUAUGUCGAGAUCGAUAUCAAACAGCUGAGGUGGCUGACAACCAUUAUGAAUAAAACGUCCAAUACGCUUAACGAUAUAGACAUUUGCAGAAUUUGGUUCGAACACAUUUUCAACUACAACAUUAUGGUGUUCAUUAAUUGUGAGAAGGAGUUUGUUAGCAAGAUAAAGAACUCGCAGAUUUUUGAAAAAAAUAAUAAGGCUCAUUUGAAUGGUAUUUUGAAGGACAUGUCUUCGUGGAGGGCCUUCCAGGAGUAUAAGGAGAAGCUGGCUCGCGAGGGCGCAGAGGGGGGGGGUGCCACCACGUCUGGGACCACUAUCUUGGGUGGUGCUGCUGGUGGUGCGGCUGCUACUGCUACUACCAUUGCGGGUGCCUCCGGCGGCAUUGCCAACGCGGCCGAGGGGGGCAGCCCCAAUCGUGGCACAAACGGAGCGAAAGUGGGCUCCUCCCCCAGUCGAGGCGCGAGCAAAGCUGCCAACGAUUGCAGCAAGAAUGGCAUUGGCCAUGGAGAGCCCAUCUGCAAAGAACCACCCGAAUGUGUAAAAUUGAUAGACGCACGAAAUGCGGAGAAGGAAAAGAAGAGCGCCAUGUUGGAGAUGCAGGGCAGGGAAGAAGCAUUUGAUGAAGCAGAAGAUAAGGCGUAUAACGAUGUUCACUUGAAAACGGCGGAUAGUCCAAAAAAUGUACCGCUCUACGAGGGGAACAUGGACUCUGUUUUUACUCCCCACUUUGCUAAGGACAGCGCUGUGAAGGAGGAACUAGCGGAAGGCGCAGGGGAAGGAGGUACCAAGGUCAAAUUAGUCAACAUAAAGAAUGAGCACGCAGAAGCAAAUUGCGACAGUGUGUCUCUGCACUUUUCGAAUAAUAGCACCAUCGAACAGAUAGACGGGGAGAAGAUGGGGGGCAGUGACUACAGCUGUGCGCAAAACAAUGGCUUGUUGAAAAAGGAGUGCCCCGGGGGGAAUGGCGGCGAGGAGGACGAGGGGAGGGCGGCAACAGUAGAGGUACCAGUAGAGGCACCGGUAGAAGCACCAGUAGAGGCAUCUGUAGAAGCACCAGUAGAGACCACCAGAGUAGCCGCCAACUCCCCAUGUGGAGCUAUCCUCCCCUUGACGGAGGCGCACGGAGAGAAAAAAACUAAGGGGCCCUCCCAAAACAAUGAAAGCUAUACGGACAUCGAACCGGAUGGCCCCAAGGCGAGCAAAGGGGCCAACCCCAAUGGUGGACAGAAGGAAGAGUACAAAUCGUUGGAAAAAUUUUUUAAAAAAUUUGUAGACAUUUCGUACGACAUUUUAAAUUACGUAAAAAUGUUUAUUAAGCAAAAGUGCUUUCUAAAAGAUAUGAUCUCAGCAGGAUUUGAAGCUCUCGUGGAAAAGCACAAUAAGCAUUUUAUGAAGUUCCCUCACAUGACAGUGUCUGAAAUAUUGACCAAUCUCUUUAACUUCAGGUACAAGACCAAUAUUAUUAUUUCUCCAGAUUAUGUAGAAGCCCUGGUAGAUUUCUAUCAGGAGAAAUACAAAAUGGACAUAUCAUAUGAUAAAGGGAAGAAUAAAAAAGUUUUUCUUUUUGACACCAACGAAAUGCAUAAGUUGAAUAAUGCCUAUUAUAGAAGUCGUAAUAGUGGUAAGGAGAGAGGCUUGGUUAAUGAGCAUGAGCAUUGUAAAGAGGAGCAUAAAGGCAAAUGGGGAGGAGGGAAAAGCGAGUUGGAGGAUAAAGGGAACUACAGAAAAGGGGGUGGAGUUGGUAGCAGUGGAAGUAUGGUCAGUAAUGACUUGGUGCUGGGCCAUUCUAAGGAGCGUUUUUUCCAAAAUGCAGCGAAUAAGAAGCAGGGAGUUGGAAAAAAUGACCACUUAAGUAUGAACAGUGCCAUGGAUAUGAGUAGUAAAGUAACCAACAACAACACCCCCAUGGGUGUUCCAACCUCAGGUGCAACAACGGAUGGGGGUAAUAAUAAAAUGUCUAGCAAGAAGAGAGCAAGUGAAUCGGUUAAACACAGUCUCACGAAGGAGACGAACUCUUUGACGAAAAAAAAACAGAACAAAAUGCAGUCCAAUGAUUUGUCCAAAAAAAGUUGGGACAAGAAGAAAAGCAACAAAAAUGAAAAGAAAAUGUGCUCUGCUACGCACAUAAUUAUUUGUUCCGAUAAUGAGGAGAGUCAGGGGGAGGAAGACUCCCCUAGUGGGCAACACCAGGUGAUGACAAAAAUGGCUAGCCAGAAAGAAAAAAACAAAGGAGAAUGUCGAAACAUCAGCAUGUUGAUAGAGAACAUAACGAAGAAGAAGUGCAGCGCGAACAGUAGCUCCGUGGGUAGCUUGACGAUCAACCAUAACGUUGGCAGGGACCAUCGCAGAGGCAUCUGCAACCGCAGCUAUGUUGGUCAGCACAAGGCCAACCUGCCGAACAUGCCGAGUAUGGUCAACGUGGUCAGCAUGGGCAGCAGCUCUCAGGGCCGCCCGAAAGGCCACCCGCACAGCUCCCUACCGAGCAACAAUAAGUUGCAAACCAUUCGCAACAUUUUUAGCAACUCCACCCCCAUGCACCACAACAACGUGAACAAUAACACCAGCAGUAGCAGCGGAAUUUACAACGCACAGAGGAAGAGAGGCACCGAAGAAAACCUUCUCAUUAUUUCAGACGAGCAGAAAAACCUAAAUUCAAACAACGUGCUCAACGAAAAAAUGAAACUGUAUAAGAAAAGGAAAAUGAAAAAUGACUAUCCAUGUGGAAAAAAAAACGCACAAACGAAUAUACUAAAGCUUAACAAAGUUAAUGAAAAAAUGAAGGGGAAAAUUUUACAUUCAAAUGAGAAGUGUGCAGUGUAUAAAUGUAUUAACAUCGAAACAAACAUCGCAUAA